UAAAUUUUACAUUCAGUCCUUAGGCAAGGUAAAAAGCUUCUUAUGUAAAACUGCACCGUGGAUUUAGCAAGAUUAGAUCGGCUGCAUCUGCUCACUGACACGGUUGCAGUAAUGUGGGGUUUAGGUCUGCUGGUCUUCCUGGCUCCACUCUUGCACCAGUGUGAUGCUCAGAACUCUGAACCCAUGCUCCAGGACAUAACACAGACGAUGCUUCCGCCCGACAGCGUGCACAACCCCACACAACUCAACUAUGGCAUGGCUGUGACAGAUGUGGAUGGAGAUGGGGACUUGGAGGUGGUGGUGGCUGGGUACAAUGGGCCAAACUUGGUGUUGAAGUUUAACCACACCCAAAACAAACUGGUAAACAUUGCCACCGAUGACAAAAGCUCUCCGUACUUUGCACUGAGGGAUCGACAGGGAAAUGCUAUAGGAGUUACAGCCUGUGAUGUGGACGGGGAUGGACGGGAAGAGAUCUACUUCCUUAACACAAACAAUGCCUACUCUGGGAGGGCRACAUAUUCAGACAAGCUCUUCAAGUUUCGCAACGGUCGCUAUGAAGAUUUGCUCAGUGAUGAACUUAACAUACGCCGUGGUGUUGCCAAUCAAAUGGCUGGACGUUCUGUUGCAUGUAUCGACAGAAAGGGAACAGGUCGUUACUCCGUUUAUGUAGCAAACUACGCCCUGGGUCAGACUGGCCCCCACGCUCUUCUAGAAAUGGACGAAGCUGCCAGCGAUGUACCCAGAGGGACGGUUGCUCUGUCUGAUGUAGCUGCUGAGGCUGGAGUCAACAAGCUCACAGGUGGUCGCGGUGUCGUCGUUGGGCCCAUCCUGAACCAGAUGAGGUCUGACGUGUUCUGCGACAACGAGAACGGACCCAACUUCCUGUUCAAGAACAACAGAGAUGGCACCUUUGUAAACGUGGCCAGGCAGGCAGGUGUUGAGGACCGGUACCAUCAUGGCAGAGGAGUCGCACUCGCUGACUUCAAUGGCGAUGGGAGGACAGACAUUGUCUACGGCAACUGGAACGGCCAACACCGACUUUAUUUACAGACCAGAGACUCCAGGUUUCAUGUGAGGAAACAGAUGGGGGAAACAGGAAGUGACUGGUUUAAAGGGAUCCAUGAUUAGUUGU